AUGGAGAUUCAUUGCUGGCUACUACGAAUACUGGGCUUAGUAAGCAUUGCGGCAUGCUUUGAUGGUGAAACGGUUGAGAAACAAUUUGAAUAUCCUACAAGUAAUGAACUAAGUGAGAAGCAGUUUAAAAACGAUACAAGUACAUCUAACGUAUUCUCCACGCGAGAUGAUUCAUUGUUGCUGGAAGCAGUAAUUGCGAAGCGCGAUAUGGAAGCAGUUUCCCUAAUGUUUUAUAGUAGUGGUAACGCUACUUGCAUUGGUAGCAUUGAUAACGAGAACACAAGCAGAGCUGCAACAGAUAUCAGUGCUUCUAUUUCGACAGAUUCAGAUACUGAAAGUUUAAAUGUCAGGUCUACUGCUUCCCCCGAGUCUGACGAUUUAGACGUAGAUUUGAAUGAAACUGACACGACCUUCCUGUCUUUUGAUGAGUGGAAGAAAAUUAAGCUCAACCAGGAAUCUAGUGGUAAGCCUCAAUCACGGGCCCCCUUAAAUAGACCAGCUGACUCUUUAUAUUGCAAGAGUGAAACAAUAGGGGAUGAUCUUGAAAUAGACGUUGGGCUAUUCACCUCGCACAAUGGAGUAGUCAACGAAGAGCCAGAGGGUAAACUCUACAAAGAUAAAUUCAACUAUGCUUCCCUAGAUUGUGCGGCAACGAUUGUAAAGACAAAUUCGGAGGCCUCGGGUGCCAAUGCCAUACUACACGAGAACAAAGAUAAAUAUCUUCUGACUCCAUGCUCUGCUCCUACCAAAUUUGUCGUCAUCGAAUUAUGCCAAGACAUAUUAGUUGAAGAAGUGGCAAUGGCUAACUACGAAUUCUUUUCCUCUACUUUUCAAAAGCUCAGGUUUUCCGUAUCGGACCGUUUCCCUCCAAAAAAUGGGUGGAAAACACUGGGAGAAUUUGACGCCACUAAUACAAGGAACGUUCAGAAGUUCGAAAUCUCCAAUCCUUUAAUUUGGGCAAGAUAUUUGAGAGUGGAAGUUUUAUCACACUUUGGCCAUGAAUUUUAUUGUCCUAUUUCCAUAAUACGAGUUCAUGGAAAGACUAUGAUGGAUGACUUCAAACUUGACGAAUCAAAUGAGAUGUACUUGGAUGAGCAGGAAUCACCGUUAUCUCCUGAAGAGCAGUCCGGGGAGUUUGCUGAAGGCAAAGUAACAGCCCCUAGUUUCAAUGGAAAGGUCUUAGACAAGUGCCAAUUUCCCCGAUUUAGAUCGACUGACAAUAUAAGCAUUUUUCCGGCCUUAGAGCAAGCUGGUACUCAGUGCCCAGCUGUUUUGCCUCACUUAGAGUUUGACCAAUUUUUGAAAAAUUUGAAUCAAAGCGCCUGCGAGCCUUCAAAAUUUCAACCUCCGCUGGAUGUUUCGAGCUCGAUCCCUUCAUCUUCAACUGAAGAAUCGAUCUUCAAGACCAUUAUAAAGCGACUAAACUUGUUGGAGACUAAUUCAACUUUAUCUUUAAGGUAUGUUGAAGAACAAAGCAAAUUGUUGUCGAAAGCUUUCUCUAAUCUCGAAAGAAACCAGGCAAAGAAAUUUGGUACAUUGGUCAAUGCUCUUAACCAAACUAUUCAAUCAAAUCUUGAAGAAAUUAGCAUCUUCACCAAGCAGCUUCGAGAAUCAUCACUGGAAGUGCUGGAAGAUCAAAAGCUGUUGAAUGACCACUUUGCAGCAGAGACGUUUAAGAGACUCGAAAGUGCCAGGAAAGAUGCGUUAUUUCAACGAAGGUUGUCCUAUACUAUGCUUUUCGCCUUUGCAACAUUACUGAUAUACGUAUUGUUAACCAAAGAGGCGUACGUAGACGAGAAAAUGGAGGAUGACGGCUGGUACUCGAAAUCUCCACCUCUCAAGAAGGCAAAAGACAACUUUUUGAGAAAAACUGGUAUGGAAGGCACUGCAAGACAACCUUUGGUUUUUGAAGCUAGUAAUGGGGGAUCCGAAAAUGGCUAUAGAUCUGAUGUUUCGGCGUCCAGUUCCUCCGUUUCACUUUACGACGAUUUCAUGGUCCAAUAA